AUGGUGCAGCAGCUCAGGGCCCAGCGGCUGCUGCAGGCUGAGCCCCUUCCCCCCGCCACCCCUUCCCCCCGCCACCCCUUCCCCCCGCCACCCCUUCCCCCCCCCCCACCCCGCCACUCUUCCCCCCCCCCACCCCGCCACUCUUCCCCCCCCCCACCCCGCCACUCUUCCCCCGCCACUCUUCCCCCCCCCCACCCCGCCACUCUUCCCCCCCCCCAC